UUAAGAUGGAGGGUGACGGAAUCAGGUGCUUGAACAAACUCUUUCGUGCUUUAAUUGUGGUGGUAAUGUUACUACAAUGUGUUGUCAACCCUUCCCUUUCCCUUGGAGUCAAUAAUAUUUCUUCAGCGGGAGUGACGAGGUGCUUUGAGAGGGAAAGAGAAGCGCUCCUUGCUUUCAAACAGGGCCUCGUGGAUGACUACAAUCUCCUCUCUUCGUGGGGAAGAGAAGAACACAAGCAAGAUUGUUGCAAAUGGGUAGGCAUCCACUGCAGCAACCGAACCAACCAUGUUACUCAACUUGAUCUUGGGUGGUAUUUUUUGAAUGAAGCUUACUCACUUCAACAGAAAGGACAGCCGGAGUAUCCCGAAUAUUAUUUUCAAGGAAUUUCUGAUAUCCUUCCAAGUUGGCUUUGGGAAAGGCUGUCUCAUGCUCCUGAAAUUGGUUAUGUAGAUCUCUCCAACAACCAAAUUAGAGGAACAAUUCCAAACUCGCAAAUCAAUUUUGUAUGGUUCUCUCGUCGACUAAAUUUGAGUUGGAACCAAUUGGAAGGUGAAGUCCCUCCAUUCCUAUUGAAAGCCUCGUCAUCUCUCCUUCUCUCCCACAAUAAGUUUUCAGGGUUGAUUCCAAUUAACGCAAGUAAUUUAAGAUUGCUUGAUCUCUCGAGCAACCAUUUACAUGGAGAACUUCCCGAUUACUGGACUCAUUUCAAAAAUCUUUUAGUUCUUGAUUUGAGUGACAACCAUUUUUUGGGGAGAAUUCCUGCCACAAUGGGCUCUUUAUCUUCAAUUCAAACAUUGAACCUAAACAAUAAUGGACUUGUGGGAGAAUUGCCUUCAUCUUUGAAGAACUGUACAAGUCUCGUGGUUUUUGAUGUUGGAGAAAAUAAAUUAUCAGGUUUGAUACCUGAAUGGUUAGGGGUUGGAUUUCCAAAUUUGACUAUUCUUAUCCUCCGUUCUAAUCACUUCUAUGGAAGCAUUCCAUCACAAUUGUGUAAUAUGGGAAGCAUUCAGAUUCUAGAUUUUUCGAUCAAUAGCAUCUCCGGAAGUAUACCCAAAUGUCUCAACAAUUUGACUAAUUUGGCUCUAAGAGGAAGUUCAAGUCUAAUCAUCACUCACCCAGAGUCAUUCUUCACUGCUAUGGGUGGUUAUCGUGACGAAGCAUCCUUGAUAUGGAAUGGAAUAAUGUCCAAAUACAAAAGUACUCUGGGGCUUGUAAAGAGUAUCCAUCUGUCAAGUAAUCAAUUAACAGGAGAGAUUCCUAGUGAAGUUACUGAUCUUGUGGGGUUGAUUUCUUUAAACCUAUCAAGAAACAACUUAACAGGUCAAAUAACUCCAAAAAUAGGGAAGUUGCAGUCUUUAGAUUUGCUUGAUUUGUCAAACAACCAAAUACAUGGUACAAUUCCAACAAGUCUCAUUGGAAUAUCUAGCCUUGGUAAGUUGGACUUGUCCAACAACAACCUGUCUGGAAAAAUUCCCAUCGGGUCUCAACUACAACCCUAUGACACCUCUGUUUUUGCCGGAAAUCCUCUUCUUUGUGGAAUUCCACUUGAACAUAUGUGCUCUCCUAAGGAAACAACCUUGAAGGAGAAACCGGUGGUUGAGAAUCAAGAUGAAGAUAAUGAUGGGUUUAUAACACCUGGAUUUUAUGUGACUUUGGGGCUUGGAUUUGUCAUUGGAUUCUGGGGAGUUUGUGGGAGUUUGAUAUUCAACCGGUCAUGGAGAUACACGUACUUCAAGCUCUUGAAUGGUUUAAAUGAUUGGCUUUAUGUCAGGGUGACAUUGUUCAGGCAACGAAGAAUGCUCGAUGAAUAAACUCUCGUUCAUCGUCUUGUUUGGUACUUCAUGCUAACCCUUUCGGCUUUCGGUUUGAGGAGGAGCCUGAAGGAGAAGAAGAAUGCAAUAACUUAAGGUUAUCGAAGAAGAGAUUUUACAGAAUGAAGAGCUCUACUGUUACUUGUAACAAUAAGUUGGAAUUUCUCCAUAUACAUUAGAGGUAGAUGUAUUUGGAUCAUUGUCGAGUUGUAAUUUCACACAAGUAUUUAUGGUUUUAGUUUCAAUUUUUCCCAAUUUGUAUGAAUUAAUGGAUGAAUAAACUGCAUUCCAAAUUGAAAGCCA